AUGACUGCUAAUGAUUCCGCCCAAGUGGCCGCUGCGGUACCCUCAACCAACCAUGGCGACGUGAAGCCUGAAGCUACCGCCCCGGCUGCCCCAUCGGUCAUCCAAAAGCCCUUCCCCAACCCCAUUGACACGGCCAAACCCGAGCCGCCUGCGACGCUUACCCCUGACCAGCAGUCCAAGUAUGAAGCUGUCCUGAAGACGGUCUCGUCCUGGACGGAGGUCCCGACCACGGCCGAGAAGAAUGCGUCAACAGAGCCAUUUACCGACGAUGAUCGCAUGUGGUUGACUCGCGAAUGCCUGCUCCGAUACCUCCGCGCUACAAAGUGGAAUGUUUCGGAGGCUGAAGCUCGGCUCCGACGCACCCUGACCUGGCGUCGGGAGUAUGGCAUGGAGAAGCUGACAUCGGACUAUAUCUCGAUCGAGAACGAGACCGGCAAGCAGGUCAUCAUGGGCUUUGAUAUUCACGGACGGCCGUGUCUCUAUCUCUUGCCCUCAAACCAGAAUACCGAGAAGAGCGAGCGCCAGAUCCAACAUCUUGUCUUUAUGCUGGAGCGAGUCAUUGACCUGAUGGGUCCCGAUCAAGAGACGUUGGCGCUGCUUGUCAACUUCAAGGAGACCAAGUCCGGACAGAGCGCAACGUUGGGCCAGGCAAAACAGACCCUAGACAUCUUGCAGAACCACUAUCCAGAACGACUGGGACGUGCCCUCGUGAUCAAUGUGCCUUUCGUCAUUUGGGGAUUCUUCAAGUUGAUCACUCCCUUCAUCGAUCCGAAUACCCGACAGAAGCUCAAGUUCAACGAGGACCUUCGCCAACAUGUUCCUCCCAGUCAUCUCUUGAAGUCCGUGGGCGGUGAUGUUGACUUCAAAUAUGAUCACUCGAUCUACUGGCCUGCCCUGAACGAGCUAGCCGAGCAGCGCCGCAUUGCCUAUCGCGAACGCUGGGUUCAAGGUGGCAAGCAGGUCGGCGAGUUUGAGAACUAUCUCAAGGGCGAAGAUAUCCCGAGCGUGGCGCCGGCCCAAGGCACCACAAAGGAAGCUGAAGCGUAA